AUGGCGUGUGUGGAGACGGAGUUGUUGUGUGGGAGCAAAGAUCCCAGUGUGCACUGGCGCCCAGUCGGCGAGAGCCGCUGGACUGCGUGUCGUACUGAUAAGAAACCAGACACUCAAGAUCUAACGGAAGAGGAGGCUUUCAAUGCGAUAUUCGACUAUUUUGCGGCGAAAGGCUGCUCGGAUUACGAUGGCACGAAUAAUUCCGUAGGAAUGGAGGAAUAUUUGACUCCUGACCUCACGACGCCCAAUACCACCGAUGUGUGCAGCGAUGGGACAGCAUCCAUGGUCCUCGGGCGCCCGCCCCCGCUGCCAAGGAACCGACAAACAGCGGUGCGUGCAGCAGCGCCACAAAGAGCACAUCUCCUUUAA